GAUCAUCAGGCUGGAUCCCCAGGCGAGGCGACAGGUCUCGGGCCCCCAGGCGGAGCGACGGGUCUUAGGGCCCCCAGGCGGAGCGGCGGGCGCCGGACCCCCAGGCGGAGCGACGGGUCUCGGGCCCCCAGGCGGGGCGGCGGCGGGCGCCGGACCCCCAGGCGGAGCGACGGGUCCCUGGCCCCAGGCGGGGCGGUGGCGCCGGACCCCCAGGCGGAGCGGCGAGCGCCGGACCCCCAGGCGGAGCGACGGGUCUCGGGCCCCCAGGCGGAGCAGCGAGCGCCGGACCCCCAGGCGGAGCGACGGGUCUCGGGCCCCCAG